CGGCAAACAUAACCCAGUUUUUUUCACAAUAUAACCUCACUUUUUUAUAAAUGUUUUUAUUUAAAAAUGAACAUACAAAAAACACUUAAAAUACCUCUAAGUUGUCCAGUUUAUCGAAAAUAUUGCUCUAAAAUUGAAGAAAACGUAUAUAAACCCGUAAAGAAAAGCGGUAAAAGUCACACAACAAAAAUAAACAACUUCUUUAGAAAAGACCCUGAUUUAGCAGAAAUAAAAGAGUUUAUACCGGAAAAAUAUUUAGAUUGUAAGAGGAAAACAUUAACUGAUAAUUUGUACUUAAUUUGCGCAAAAAUAGCAAGACGAACAGUGAGGCAUGUUAUGCCGGCUAUUAAAAAUAAUACAAAUCAGAUUGUGUGUGAAACAAAUGCCGGUUUGGGGUUUAUCAGUUCAGAGUUGUUAAGAAAAAAAAUUCCUUUAAUUAGGUUGUAUGAAAGUUGUCCUGAGUUUAGAGAAAUGUUAAAGGAUUUUGAUAAGGAGUAUAAGGGAAAAGUGGAGAUUUUUACAAAAGACUUGUUUUUAUUACAUAGGUAUUCUUGGAUGGACAAAAUUGAUCAUAGUAAUAGAGUUGAAUUAUUGUUAAAAAACGUCCCUAGAAAAAAAUGGACAGAUGAACCUUGCAUGACUUUAAUAGGCCCUAUGUCCAAAAUAGACUUUAUUAAAUAUUUAAUGAGAUGUUUAACAUUACAGAGUGAUAUUGUAACUUAUGGAAGAGUACAAAUAUUUGCAAUUAUGAGACCAAAAUUCUUCACUCUUUUAGAUGCCUCACCCAAAGAUAAUUUACACACAUAUACAUGGACUACAGUUUUGUUUCAGUUGUUUUUUGACUAUGAGUUGCUUGAAAAAUUUGAUAGAGAUAGAUUUUUACCUUGGGAAACAGCAAGCAAUAAAAGUCCUAAAAGAUAUGUAGAUACUAUAGAUAGAAAUAAAAUGUAUUUAGUAAAAAUUAAUUUCAAAAAAGAUUUACCUGUGCCUACAGAGGAUUUAUUACCAUUGUACUUUUUUGUGCAACAUUUUUUCCAUAGAGGGCGUAGGAGAGUUAUACAAACAGUAGAAAAAUGGGUGCCUGGCGGGGGUUUAAACAUUAUAUUACCACAACUUGGUCACGAAAAUUACUGCCAAAACAUGGAUAUAAUGACAACAUUUGGCGAACUCACGCCACAGCAAAUUUUGGGAGUUUUCAGGGAAAUGAGAUGUUGUGAUAAAUACGAAAAUAGCCCAUUUAAAGCAAUGAUAGAAUCGCAAAUGAUGAAACUAGAAACUAUAGAGACAGACUUGCAUGAAAAUGCGAUUUUACACAAAACUUUAGCAGAGGAUAUUGAAGUGAAAAUAAAUGAAUAACUGUUUUAUUUAUCAAUUUUAUAUAAUAAAAAAUAUAU